GUUAUUGACAGAGUAAAAAGAACAAUGGCUCCCGAACUGAAUAAGCUUCCUGUCAUUACCUUCAACGGAGAAACCCUAAGCCCCAGCAAUGGCGCCUGGCGAUCAACAUCUGACGCCGUACGUCAAGCCCCUCGAAGACUACGGUUGCUUCGUGCUCUUCACCAACAAAAUCCCUUCUGUUCUGCGCGACUCCAUUUUCGAGCUCUCAAAAGACUUAUUUCGUCUCCCUACCGAAACGAAGAUUAAGAACACUUCAGAUAUCCUCGGAUUCGGAUACGGGAAAUAUGCCUUCAUGCCUCUGUGGGAGUACUUCGGCAUCGAAGAUGGCGCCACUCUGGAAGCUACUCGAAAAUUCACCGAUCUCCUCUUCCCUUCCGGGAACAACGCCUUCUGUGAAACUGCAUUCGAGUACAUGAAAUUGUUAUCGGAAAUCCACAACUGUGUGUUGAGAAUGGUAUUUGAUAGCUACGGGGUGGAAUCGAAGCAUUGCGAUCGAUUGACAGAUUCGGCGUUGUACCUGUCUAGAUUCAUGAAGUAUCGGUCCCCCAAUGAGGGCGAAGGUGCAAUUGGUCUUCCUGCUCACUCUGACAAGAGCUUCUUGGCCAUUUUAGAUGACAACGAUGUUAAAGGAUUAGAGGUUGAGAUGAGAAACGGAGACUGGAUCCAUCAUGAGCCUUCCCCAUCGACGUUCGUAGUUGUCGCCGGAGAACCCUUCAUGGCGUGGAGCAACGGAAGAGUGUAUGCACCAUUACAUCAAGUGGCAAUGAGAAUGAGAGAUAAAGAAGUCGUUAGGUAUUCGUUAGGGUUAUUUUCGUUUAUGAGGGCAACAGUGGAGGUGCCAGAUAAAUUAAUUGAAGAUGAUGAAAAUUGUUUGAUAUUUAAUCCUUUUAAUCACUUGGAUUUCUUAAAGUAUGUAGUGACUGAGGAGGGGCGUGCAUCUAAAUGCGCUAUUAAAUCUUACACUGGUGUUACUAUUGAUGUCACCAUGGAACCUUGAUUGCACAUGGUGGUUUUGGUUGGUCGUUCGUGGUUUGUUCGUUUUCCUUGAAUUGUCAAUAUAAAACUAUCUUAAAUUUAAAUGAAAU